AUGUCACUCAGCCCCAUAGCAGAAGAAAAGGAGCUGAAAAAUAAAGGAAGAGGGCCACUGGAUUAUAGAAUUGAUGAAUCAUCCAACAUCCUAGUAGUAAGGUGGUAUGACAAUAAAGCUGUGCAACUGGUUUCCACAUAUGCAGGCAUAAAUCCACAGGAUAAGUACAAGAGGUGGAGCAAAAAGGAUAAUCAGUCAAUUCAGGUAAAUCAACCAUUGAUUGUGAAGGAAUAUAAUGAACACAUGGGAGGAGUUGAUUUAGCAGACAUGCUCACAGAACUUUACAGGAUAAAUGCCCGUUCUAAAAAGUGGUAUAUGCGAAUAGUUUAUUGGUGCUUCAAUGUUGCAGUUGUAAAUUCAUGGUUGUUUUACAGACGUCACUUGAAUCAGCGAGGCGCAACAUCUCAUAUUUCUCUUCUGGAUUUCCACUCUCAUAUUGCUUCUGGUCUUACUAUAGCAGGAAAUGUUGUUCAUCACAAAAGAGGAAGACCAUCUACAGAGGAUAUGCAAGCUUCAAAGAGGAAGUUGUUAGCCUCCAGGUCCAUUGCAGAUGUCAGAUAUGAUGAAGUUGGUCACUGGCCACAACAGAGCCACCAGAAAGGCCGCUGCAAGCUAUGCCCUAAAGGAUUCAGCAGAGUGUCGUGCAUAAAAUGUAAAGUGUUCCUAUGUAUAACAAGUGAUGUUUUCUGUAACUUACCUUGA